AUGACUCAACAAGUUAGUACAACCAACAUGUUGCGUUUAGUCUUGUUUCUACUCUCAUUGAUGUGUUGUUUGUCCACCAUAACACAUGCCACAACCAUCAAUGGUUACACUUUGGAUUUGUUCAUUGGUGGUAAUUUUACGAGUGGAUUGAAAGUUGCCGAAACUUCACCAACCUUCUCAACCAACAACUUUGAAUAUCGACUCGUCUAUCUGGAUAAGAGAAACGGUGAUUUGUACUAUUCUGUUUCAGGAAAGGUUAUUCGAAAGCUCGAUAAGAAUGGAAUUGUAACCAAUGUGGCAGGAAGCAUGAGAAAUAAUGGUAAUUAUGAAGAUAUAGCCACCAUUCAAGAUUAUUACUAUGCCUUGGACAGAGAAUUGAUAGAUAUUGGUGGUUUAAUUAUUGACACCAAGUCAAAUGAUAUUUACUAUUUAAAUAAUGGAAUUUAUAUGGAAAGAAUUCGAAACUCUGAUAAGAAAUCGAUUAUUGCAGUUGGUUAUGGCACCAAUAACGAACUUCCCUCUGAAGGAUUGGGAAAUCAAAUCAAUUUUGCUUACAAUUAUCCUUCUUACAAUAAUUACGUUCGUGGACUUGCCAUAAAUGGUAAGAAUGAAAUAUUUAUUGUCCAAAGAAGUUCAAUUUCCAAAUAUAAUAUUGGAAAUUAUAGCGUUACUAAUAUUUUGACAGAUUUUGAACCUGGCACUUAUUCACAAAUUGUUCUUUCCAAAGACGAAACUUUUUUGUUUGCCAAAAAUGGUGAAGCAAUUGAUAAGAUUUCCAUGAAUGGACAAGUGACAUUUGGUUAUACUAGUAUUUCUAAUUUAAUGAGUAUUGAUACUGUUGAUAAUGAACUCUACAUGUUAACUUUAACUGGUGUUUACGUUUUCAGAAACAAUUCGAAUCAACUUAUUGCUGCCGGAAGUUCAGGAAGUUUCGUCGAUGGCAUGAAUUCUACCAAUUUACUAAUUAAUUAUGGUACUACCAUGCUUGUUGAUGAUAAUAAGGAUAUUUACUUGACUGAUUUGUAUAGUUCUGUAAUUCUCAAGAUUGACCAUGCUAGUCAAUUGGUCACAAAUUUGUUAGCUGUUGAAAUUCCAACAUCUAGUGAAACAGUUUAUUCAGCAAAGAAUUUUACUAGUAGAGGUAUUUCACAUGCAGUUCAUAAUAAGGUCAAUGGUUUCGUAUACAUGUGUGAUUCGAAUGGAAAUGUAUUCGAAUAUGACAAUAAUUUAGUUUCUCAAAAAGUAACUGGUUAUUCCUGUAUUGAUAUUGCUGUAAAUUCCCUCGGAGAAGUAUACUUCCUUUCUAAUUACUUUAUUUAUCAAUUAUUAAGCAAUGGAACUGUUAUUACCUUUGCAGGAGAUGGAACUUGGGGUGUUCCUAUAAAUGGAACUUAUCUUGACCAAAACCCAGUUGCAGCAGUUAGAUUUGGUUUCUAUUCGAAUAAUGACAUGUUUCUUCAAUCCAGUUAUUACAUUUUCAGAGUUGACCACACAACCAAAUUUGUCCAAAAAAUUUAUUCCUCAACCAAUAGUGAAUUAAGAAUUACAAUCAUCGAUCCAGACACUGACAACUUGUACACUUCUGAAGGAUCGUCAAUUAGUUUAGUUUAUCCUAAUGGAAUUGCCGAAAUAGUUGCUGGAAUUAACUCUCAACCAGCAGUUCGUUCAUUCAAGAGAAAGAUUAGUUUAUCCGAUGUAGGAGAAGAUGCAUUCGCCAAUUACAUUAAUCCAACUGGUAUGUCCAUUGGAGCCGAUGGAAAAUUAUACAUUUCCUAUCAAUAUAUGGUUAAGAGACUUGAGAAUGGAUUGUUAUGGACACAGCAAUUUGUGGACACACAACAAGGACCUAUGAGUGCUGCCUUUAUUAGUGAUGUGGUCAUUUUGGGAAGAUUUGGAGAUGCAAUCAUGUUGACGAAUCCAAAUGGAAAUAUUUAUUUAUUGAAUCCAGUUUCUAGUUUUACCUGUUUUGGUAAUUUACCUUCUUCAUCAAGUGUUUGUUCAGGUUACGGUUCAUGUGUUGGUCCAAAUCGAUGCAACUGUCAAAAUACCAACUUUGGUUUCGAAUGUGAAUAUUCCACUUGUUUCGACGUUUCAGGAUUCGACUAUCAAACUGUUUGUGGAGGUGUCGGUAAAUGUUCCAUACAAGAUCAAUGCUCAUGUCCAUCUGGAUACACUGGCACCACCUGUUCCACACCACUUUACAAUAUCUGUUAUGGAAUUUCCUCAAAUUCGUCGAAUGUUUGUUCUGGAAAGGGAAGUUGCGUUUCGACUGAUUCCUGUAAAUGCAAUGCUGGAAGAGUUGGAAGUUAUUGUCAGUAUGAGUUUUGUGCAAGUACUUGGAAUGCAAAUUCUGAAACCUUGACAUGUGCUGUUCCAUCCUCGAGUUCUGUUGAGGUCAAUCAGGAAAUUGUGGCUGUCAAUCAAUUAAGUUCAAAGGUUUUGAGGUUUAGUAGAACUCCAUCAGUUUCUAUAACGUUCCCAUCUGAUUUUUAUUCGUAUGUGUUAAAGACUUAUCCUGAAAUUGGUGAUCAGUUGACAGUUGUUUCUUCCAUUUAUGAUCCAACACUUGACACUUCUCAAGAAUUGCUUGUAGUGAGUUCGACUGCUUCAGUUUCUGUCUUUAAAAAUACUUCAGAUAUUCUCCCAGUCUAUAAUCUUCCAAAUCCAAUUGUCAUUCAAUUCAACAGCAUCAAAAUUGACAAGACAGGUGGCAGUUUCAACUAUUCCUGUAUGUAUUAUGACACUGCAUCAAAUUCUUGGAGCAGUAGUGGAAUUAAGAGUACCAUCACAUCCUCACAACUUUCCUCUACUUAUUACACAUUCUCACUCAAGUGUGAAACCUAUCACUUGACAUCUUUCUCAGUAAUUGACAUGAAUUAUAAAAAGACAAGUCGAGAUGACACAUUACAAUUAGGAGGAUUGACUACUGGUGGAAUCAUUGCACUUGCUGUUACAUUGGGAGGUGCUGGUUUGAUUUGUAUUGUGGUUGGAAUAAUCGUGGCUGCCAUUAUUGGCGUUUGUAUGUGGACGAAACAUAACAAGAAGAAGAAUAUGGCCAAUUAG